AUGAAGUUCGCCACCAUUGCCUCCGUCCUCGCCAUGGCUACCGUUGCCAUCGCUACUCCCGCUCCCGCCGACAUUGAGGCUCGCACCGGCCCUGGAGGCGGCAAACCCUCCGUCUGCUCUUCCAAGACCAAGCAGGUCUGCUGCAACGGUCUUCUCAACUGCGUCGUUCAGGUUCUUGGCGGAAGCUGCGGCGGCAACUCCUACUGCUGCAAGACCAGCGCCCCUGCAGGUGCUCUCGUCAAUGUUGCUCUCCUCAACUGUGUCAAACUCCUCUAG